ACCUGAAGAAUUUGUUCAAUCGUUAUACGAAGUAAGUCGAUCAAUUAGAAUUCAGAUGACUUCAACUAGAAGUGGAAGCGGAUCACCUGGAGGAAGUAGCAGUGGAGCUUCAACUUCAAGAAAAUGGUUAUGGAAUUUUAGUCCUACUAAAUGGAGAGAAAAAGACGAUUCUGAUACUUCUGUGACAGAAACUAGUGUUAGUUCUCGCAAAAGAUCAAAUCCGAGCGGAUCUAGUGGAAAUAGUGCCAAAAAGAGACGAAGGCGUUUUUCAGACGUUUCGGAAACUAUGUCCAGUUCAGAAGAAUCUGUUGGAACCGAAGAAAAUAGGAGAAAUGAAAAUAAACUGAACGACACAGAUAUGUGGAACAUUUCAUCAUUAAUGAAUACAAUGAAUUGGCGUGCUUUAGGAAGAACCUUAGGGUUGGAAGAAAGUGUUCUGUUAAAUAUAGAGCAUGCCUAUAAAGCCACCGGCUUUAGAGAAUGUGCCUAUCAAAUGUUGUUAGAAUGGAAAGGACGUCAACCUCAAAAAUGUACGUUUGGUACCUUGUAUACGUCACUGUGCAAAGAAAACAUGAAUGGUAUUGCCAAACAGUUGAGCGUCAUGAAAUUAGGAAAUCAGGAGUAGUUUCAAAUUAUAUGUAUAAUUUUCAUAUUGUUAUUUUGUAUAGCAGAAAUUUUCAUAAAAUUAGAUUAUCAUUUUAAAAUAUAUUUUUGUAAAUAAGUUUUUAUAUCUUUGUUACCUGAAAAUCAAUUCCAACAUUGCAUACCGAAAAUGACGGAACUCCUGACAUUCACAGUGAUUCAGUCAGAUAAAUUAUUGUUCAUAAUCAUGAAAAAUUUUUUAAUAAUCAUUUAAGAAAAGAUUAUUAAAUUGAUAAUAUCAAUAUAUAUCAUAUAACAUAUAUAAUCAUUUAUUGUGUAUCAUUUUCAGUUGCUCACGGAAAAUACAUUUAUUGUUGAGUUAACUUUUUUUUAAAUAUGUACUAAGUUAAUGUUAUUCAUGUUACAUUUUAACUUUGACCAGGAAAUUUUCAGAUUCAUUGAAUUUGAAGAUUAUUGUAAUCUCUUUUUAAUACCAAUGUACAGAAGUAUUGUGCAAUGCCAGAAGAACAAAGUGAUACCGAAGAAUUUUUAAUGAAUACCUGAUUAAAUUUUAAAUAUAUAUCAUUUAAUUUUAUGGCAAU